CCCCCCCCCAAAAAAAACCCGCAGUGGCAAAGCUUUGGAAGGUGGAAAAGUUACAACAGAAAAAAACAAAAAACAGUAAAUAAACACGCAAAAUAUUCGCAGAGGGAUAAGCCUGUGAAGAAACAGAAGAACUGAAGUCACAUUCCUGCUGCUCCAGGCCUACUAGUUAGAGGAUAAUGGAUGACCUUGAUCUGAGUCUGAGUGACGCUCUCGGAGACAGCCCACCCCCUGGUGUUGAGGAGCCGGUAGUGCAGACAGACUUCAUUGCGUCACUGGAGGCCGAAAAAUUUGAUGAUGUCGUUGGGGAGACUGUGGGCAAGAGCGACUACCGCCCCCUGCUGGACAACGAUGAGGAGGUCAAGAGCAAAAACUCUGCUGUGAGCGAGAAAGCUGUGCUGGAGAACGGAGAGCAUGAUGGGCAGGAGGCACAGAAAACAGCUCCCUCCCCGGUGAAGUCAGAUGCAAAGACUCCAGCACUGGUUCAGGAGGUGAAGACGGAAAUACCAGCAGCAAUGAAACCACAGCCGAGCCCCACUGUCAACCUACUUUCAGAUCUUGCUGCAGUACCACCGGCGAGCUCCACAACACCGGCCUCGUCUGCAGGGGAGCUCAAGGGGGGUGACGCUGCUGCUUCAGUCUCAUUGAAGGAGCCGGCACAUCAAACCACAGAAGCUGUGAAAACGGUAGAUCUGAAACAGAAUGUAGCAGUGGCCCCUGAACCUCCAGCACUAACAGAGAAGGCUGAGAAACCGCCAUCGAUCGUCCCCGUAGCUGAACCCCAGAAACCUUUUCCUACCGCUGAACCCCCCAAAUCACCGGUCGCGCCAGUAACCGAACUCCUCAGCGCUGCAGCCAGCCCUGCGACCCAGCCCCUAAAAUCAUCACUGACGGAGGGAAAACGAAAGACCCCUGAAAAUAACAGUGCAGAACCGGCAAAACCUCCUGUGUCUGAGCCCCUGAACCCACCAGACACGAAGCAGGCAGAGGCCCCUGGAGGAAGAGCAGUCCUUGCUGACCCCUUGGCUUCACUCCUGCAAGGAUGGAAUGACCAGCUGCAGGGAAGCAGAGGCUUUCCACAAGACCUGCCACUGUUCACGCCCAGCGUUUCCACCGUGAUCAGCAAACACACCAGCCAGAGUGGGGCUGACAUGUCCGCUUCCACCUCCACCACAAUCAAGACCACAGUGACAGUAGCAUCAAUGCCAGGUGUCCAGGGCGAGGGUCAUGUCAACAUUGGCAAUGUUUCCCAGCAAGCGCCUCAAGUCUUGAUGGAACAGGGAUGGGGCUGCCCAGGAAAUGACUCCACCGUGGUUACAAUGUUGAAAACCUCUAAUGGUCACAAGUCCGGCCGCAGUCAGAAAACUCUGGAGCUGGUGCCAGGGAUGAAGGCAGACCUAGGCAGUGGUGGUGGUGGUGGUGUUGGGGAGGAGGAAGAGGAAGAAGUUUGUGAAAUCACCGAGACGAGAGAGAUGGAAGUGGUGGGAGUUGUCCUGGAGAGGAAGCAAAAGAAAAAGAAGAGAAGGAAGCCAAAGAUAACAGAGCUGCAGGAGGAGGAGCCCGAAGACCCCCAGGCACGGAGAAUAAAACAGUUCCUGACUGAACUGGAAUCGGGGGACUUUCUCAAGACAGAGGGUGCUGCAGGGAGCCAGGUUGGCACAGGUACAGCUGAAGUUCCCAUUUUAGAAAAGUCCCAGGUUAUCUCUCCCUCCUCCUCCAAGGAAGAUCAAAAGCAGGGGCGGGAUGGAGAAGAAUCUGAGCCCAGGGGCUCAACAAGUCAUCCGGCAAUGGCCACAGAUAAGCAGAGACCUGCUCAAAGGAGAGAGGAGAUGUGGGAGAGGGAGGAAGGAGCCUCCAGGAAUAAGGGCAGAAAGAACAAGCAGCAGAGGAAGAAACAUUUUGAAGAAGGGAUGGAGAAGGUCUGGGGAGGCGAGGUUAAGCAUCACGGUUCUUCAGUGCACAGCAAAAAGGAAACUGUCUCGACACAGGUCCAGCAGGCAGCAUCAAAGAACACCCUUGAUGUUGGCAAACAGAAGGUCUGUGAAGCUGGACCUGAGAAAGGCGCUGGCCUAGAGGAGGUCCAUGACGGCACCUUACAGAAGGUUUCUAAAAUUAACCUUAAAGAAGGCCUUAUACCUGGGGUGAAAGAAGCCCAUGCUCCUGCCCCUCCCACUGCCCCUUUGUUGAAAGAUACCCCACCUUCUGCCCCUGCCCCUCCCAAAGCCCCUGGGGUGAAAGGAGCCCCAGCUUGUGCCCCUGUGUUGAAAGAUGCCCCUCCCUCUCCCCCUGUCCCUCCCACUGCCCCUGGGGUAAAACAAUCUUCUGCCCCUGAGGUGAAAGUAGCCACUGCUCCUGCACCUCCCACUGGCCUUGGGGUGAAAGGAGCCCCUGCUUCUGCUCCUCCCAUUACCCCUUUGUUGAAAGAUGCCCCUCCCUCUGCCCCUGCCCCUGGGGUGAAAGAUGCCCCUCCCUCUCCCCCUGUCUCUCCCACUGCCCCUGGGGUAAAACAAUCUUCUGCCCCUGGGGUGAAAGUAGCCACUGCUCCUGAACCUCUCACUGCCCCUGGGGUGAAAGGAGCCCCUGUUUCUGCUCCUCCCAUUACCCCUUUGUUGAAAGAUGCCCCUCCCUCUGCCCCUGCCCCUCCCACUGCCCCUGGGGUGAAAGAUGCCCCUCCCUCUGCCCCUGCCCCUCCCACUGCCCCUGGGUUGAAAGAAGCCACCGCUUCUGCCCCUCCCGCUGCCCCUGGGGUGAAAGAUGCCCCUUCCUCUGCCCCUCCCACUGCCCCUGGGGUGAAAGGAGCCCCUGCUUCUGCUCCUCCCAUUACCCCUUUAUUGAAAGUUGCCUUUCCCUCUGCCCCUGCCCCUCCCACUGCCCCUGGGGUGAAAGAUGCCCCUCCCUCUGCCCCUGCCCCUCCCACUGCCCCUGGGAUGAAAGAAGCCACCGCUUCUGCCCUUCCCACUGCCCCUGGGGUGAAAGAUGCCCCUUCCUCUGCCCCUCCCACUGCUCCUGGGGUGAAAGGAGCCCCUGCUUCUGCCCCUCCCACUGCCCCUGGGGUGAAAGAUGCCCCUCCCUCUGCCCCUGCCCCUCUCACUGUCCCUGGGGUGAAAGAAGCCAUUGCUGCUCCUCCCACUGUCCCUGUGGUGAAGGAUGCCCCUGAGAUGAAAAAAGGCCCUGACCCGACAGAAGCCCCUUAUACUGUCUACAGUGUUGGACCACAGCAGGUAAAACUGCCUGGCUCUCAGUUAGCCGUCCGAAGUGUUGAUCUGAAAGGAACUUCUGACAUGGUCAAGAAGGAAGUCAGUGGAAUACAUUCUCAUGCAGUAUGCAGUGCUGGUGGCACAAACAAAGGCCAUGACUCUCAAAAACAGGUUUGCAAAUUUGGGCCGGCAGAGGUUGUAGAAGAACGAGUGAAUGUACCCAAGAAACCUCCUUCCACACUGCUAGCAGAUAUGUGCUCUAAACGAGAUGUCUGUGAGCUUUCCUUGGGGGAUAACAUUGCCCCAGAAGUCCUGGAGCCUGCAUUGGCCAAGGCUCCCGAAGUCAGCCUUGCUGUGCCCAGCAAAUUUGAAACAGUACUUCCUGAGGGACAAAUCCUCAAAGCAGCUUCCAUGAAGCAGAAGAAGACUGAGAAGGACACUCACCCUGGGCACCAGCAGCAGACACUCACAGCUCUGACUCAAAAGAAGGACUUGCCAAAGGCGGCAAAGAAAGUUCUGAAAAAGAGUGAAGACAAGAUGAGACCAAAAGAAGGGAGCGCUGCACCGGAGUUGAAGGGCUACGUAAGAGCCACGCAGUCGAGGUCAGCCCAGAGACCGGAUAACAAGACCCCUGGUUCCAGAGUCCACGAGGAGCCGAGCUCGAGGCACGUGAGCUGUGAGGAGGAGAAUGUGCUGCAGAGGACCGCUACUGGGCCAGAUGAAGCUCCGGUGAAAGCGGAGGAGAAGUCAGAGAAAGACACCGCAGCAAACGGGAUCAGUGCUGCGCCCAAUAAGGAACUCCCGCCAAGCCCAGAGAAGAAAACCAAGUCUGCUGCAGCCACCACCACUCCAUCUGCCAAGCCAAGCUCAGCAGCCAAACCGAGGCCGUCCUCAUUGUCAACAGCGGGCGCCCCCAAACGCCCCGCCUCCGCCACCACCCCCAACAAAAAAACACCCACCUCAGCAACCACGCCCACCUUUGGCACCAAGAGAGCCACACCCACCACACCGCGCCCUGCCUCCACAACACCCAGAGACACCAAGCCCAAGCUCUUGGAUGCUCGCAGUCCAGUGAAGAGCCCUGAGAAGCGCCCUGCAGUCCCCAAGGCCAGCCCUGCUCCUGUGGCUAAACCUCCUGUCCCAAAGAGCAGUGUCGCCCCCAAGCCGGCCACGCCCCGUGCCCCAGUCCAGAGGAACAGCACCAGCACCAGCACCCCACCCAAGAGGCCCACAUCUAUCAAGACUGACUCCAAACCAACAGAUGUGAAGAAAACGAGUACAGCAAAAUCACCAUCAGCAGACCCUAGUAGGCCACGGGUGGCUCCAGUUGGCUCCAGGAGUAACGCCACCACCCCCAGCAGCCCAGGAACCCCUUUGGCUGCUAACCGCACCCGUACCCCCAAAACCCCAACCCCCACUGCCACCGCCGACAAGAAGCUCACCCCCCAGCGAGGACCCCCCAAGACCAGCCCCCGCCCCGCCAGUGCUGCCGGAGCAGGCACCCCGACCCCUGUCAUCAAGAACGUGAGAUCAAAGAUCGGCUCCACUGACAACAUCAAGUACCAGCCAGGGGGAGGCAAGGUUCAGAUAGUCACCAAAAAAAACGACUACAGCCAUGUCACUUCGCGCUGUGGCUCCAAGGACAAUAUCAAGCAUGUUCCUGGUGGUGGGAAUGUCUCAAAAGCACAAAAAUCGGCUCCCCCGAGCCGCACGCAAAGCACCAUCGGCUACAAGCAACCUAGUGUGCAAAUUCUCAACAAGAAAGUGGACUUGAGCAAAGUCACAUCGAAAUGUGGUUCCAAGACGAAUAUCAAUCACAAGCCAGGUGGUGGUGAAGUGAAGAUCGAGAGCCACAAGACAAACUUAAAAGACAAGACCCAGUCGAAGAUAGGCUCCAUGGACAACGUGGGGCGUGAGCCAGGCAGCGGCAAUGUGAAGGGUGAGGAGGAGGAGGCGGCAACUGAGGGAACUCUGGCUCCCCCUAGUGGCCCUCUGACUGUAGCUCCACCAGGGAGCGAGCCACGGGAGAAUGGAGUAAGAGAGACUCCUGCCUGCGCCGGGGAGACGAGAGAGACAAAGGGUCUGGACCCCCACAUCCCAGAGACAAAUUGAGUCUCACAAGCUGACGUUUUGCAAGAAUGCCCGGGCUCGCACAGACCACUGAGCCGAACUCAUCCACAAAUCCCACUCCCGAGCCGCUACGUCAUCCCUUCCCCCGCGAUCACACAGCGCCUCUAUCAGCGAGUCUCUAGGCUCCGCCCGCUCCCCGCCAUCCCAGCAUGCACACUGGCACACGAAGUCAUCGCAGCGCUGGGCUGAUGGGGGGCCAUGACUCUGCCUCCCUCUCUUCUUAUACUCUUCUAGCGUGGUUAUCUUUUCUUUUAUCUCUCUCUUUAGGUUUUUUUUUUUAUUGUAAAUAGUCCGGGAUGUUUUUAGGUGGUUUCUGUGCAGGUGCAACUGCAUUUAAACACCCUGGCUGUCUGUCUCUCGCUUUUGCUCUGUCUCUCUUUAAAUCAGUGAAACUGACAAUUAGGAAUCACUUUAUGCAUACUUGGGAGGGAGUUCUUCCCCCAGGAACAGACCAUGUUUGAUCCUCUGAUAAUGUAGAAACACACAUAGAAAGAAACUUAAUAAAUUCAGUGACAGGAGUUUGGCCAUUCUCGGUGUCCGUAGCAUUAGUAUUUCUGAACUUGAGUGAAUAAUAGUUGUGGAGGAACCUCUUAUAACCAACCCAAUACAAGUAUACUAGUGUAGACACAGCAUUCGCCAGCUAGUUGAGCAUCCAAGACGCACGCGGAUCCAGGAUUAGUUUAGAUAGCAACUGUUGUCCUCUGUUUUCUGCUCAUUGAUGUCACAAUAGAAGUUUGAAUAGUGCCUUCCCUGUUGUAGUCCUAGCAGAAUGGGGCUAGUUUGAUCUCAGCACAAACUCUGCAUGUGCACUUGGGGAGGGCACUGCGUGUAUUGAAUGAAUGUGUCCUGUGAUUUAAAUGGAGAGAGCACGUCAUUCCUUAUUUAUUACGUUUUUUCAAAACGUUGUUUUAACUUCCUAACUAUUAAAGGGUUGGCUACAGGGUUGCCCUUACAAAUGUUUCCCCAUAGUAAAAGCAUAGUGAGAUUUAAGCAUGGUUAAACGUAGGUAUGCAUUGUAAAGCAUAGAGACUUGUGGUAAAGCCUAUUAAAAAAAAAUUGGCAAAGCAUAACCCUUAUAAAAGUUUCCCCAAGUAAAAGCAUAGCAAGUGUAAUAAAGCUCAGUGAAAGUACGAUUAUGCGUAGGUAGUAGAAGUAAGGUAAAGAAAAGAUGUUAAAUGAUGGUAAAUGCAUAGCAGAGCCUGAGAAAGGCAUGGGAUAAUGCCAGUGGUAAACUUUUAUAAGGGCAGUAACAAUGAGAUGUAUGUGUUGUUUUUUUUUCUUGUUUUGAAGUGGAAUGAGCCAGUGUGUUUAAAAGCAGAACCACUGAACCCAGACAACGCUGCCUCUGAUCUCCCCCUCUCUGUCACUCCUCCACUCUGUGAUACUGAUACAUGACAUCUAGGAGAUUUACUGUUUGAACUUAGACUUUUAAAAAUCUUUAAACUGUUUUGUGGUGAAGUGUUUGAAUAUAUUACUGUAUAAUGAAUAACUGUGCAAUGUUUGAGUUUGUUUUUUUCUUUAUCUUUUCCUCUUAAAAAGCAAUAUGAUAUGCUUGUUGUUAAUCUGGUAAAAAGCUUGUGAGAGACCAAGUGAUGUGGAAAGUGGGAGCGUGGGGUAUUUUUUGAGUGGAUUUUUCCUCCUCGGAGGGGAAGAAUUUCAUAAACCAUUUCUAAGGCAAGGGAAGGUUUUCAGUUUGAAUGAGGACCCUAGAGAUUGAGGAAAGGGAUCUAGGAGUCACUUUGUAUGGAAAGUGCUAUUGAACAAGGGAAUUUAGGAAGAACAUUCUUGUCUCUGACUUCAGCUGCUUUCAACCUCCAUGUUUUUAUUAUAUUCUCCAUGUAGGGAAAGACUGACAAAUUUGGUUUUUGAUCAAAAAGACUAUAUGAAAGAAAGGUAUACCCCCAAUACAAUCAUAUAAACGUUGUUACAAUCCUACUUCAACUCCAACUUAUAAUAGGAAAACACAUAUAUUUAAACACAAACAUCAUGGGAGAUUCCUCUCCCAUUUCCUUAUUCAAUAUCCAGUCGUUGAGGUAACCACCUGUUAACUCACAGCUUUUAACACACCUCCUGUUCAGGAGGGAGGGGGAUGGAAUCAUCCCAAAUCUAUAAAACAUUCUAUGACACUUAAAUUCUAUUACUUAAAUUAACUAAGUUGACUUAACGUCCUACUUUCGUUGCUGUAAAAGCCGGUUCAAACUGGUGUGCGCUUUGUUUCUGUCUCUGUUCACAUGUUGCCCACACCUACAAACUUCUUUCCAUAUAUCCGUGUAUCUAAACUAGACACCUGUUACGUUUGGAUGUCCAGACAUUUCAUUUGUGACUUCUGAGUCUAUGACAGGAUGUAGGUACCUGGUUUGCUUCAGUAAAGAAAGCCACAAAGUGUUCCUUCUGAACGUUUUUGCAUUAGCUUAUUACAUAUUUAAAAUAUAAAACUGUAUAAUCAAAACAAACUUAGAGUCAAUAGUCAAUUAUAUAACUAAAACUUUAUGCAAAAAGCCAAUUUUAAUUGUAGAGCAAGCAAACAUGCCCUUCGUGGUACCCAUUUCUACACUCCUUAAAUAUAUCAUUCAUCAUUGCUGAAGUUUUCUUUAAUGUAGCAGCAGUUUGGCCUGUCCCAGUCACCACUCACUGGAGUUUACCCUUCCCAAUGGCAACACCUUUUAUAGACUGGCUGAGCAUCCCUUCCCAAUACUGUGCUUGUACCGUUCAUUAGAUGUUUUCAAUCAUGAAAGUCAUAGAAAGUAUUUAAACUGCAUCUAUAUCACAGCAGCACUCUUAGAAGCGGGUGGCCAAAAAAAGGAAACUGGUUAUGAUUGGAGACAAGAAUGUGCUUUGGUUAAAUGGUAAGCUGCUGUAGGUAGAAACCGGGUCUAGCUGAAUGUACAGUAAGUAAUCUUGCAAAAACUCCUUUUAACAUUAGUCUUCCUGAGACUAAAAGUCCCCACUCCCCCUUUAAUUAGCCCAGUCCUGGUUUGUUCGGAGGCUGUGUGUGUAGCUGACAAGAUUCUCGGCAUGGGAACAAGGGAGUGGCAGUCUGUAGUGCAGAAAGAGUUUGACUAAGGUCCCAACAGUGCAAGGCAAGUCCAGUAAGAGUUGGAGAGACUUUAAACACAAGUAGUAAUUGAUCCAGAUCUUAUAACACUGAAAUCCCUGAAAACUAGGGUUGUUCCUUUUCAGCGUUUAUCUAUGAGAGCCUCACACAAUACGAUAAUAAAUCACACACCGGCUAGAGUAACAUAUUUGACUGGGGUUCUUCAUUGGAACACUUAAUUAUGCAACAGGUUUCACCACUCAGUUUGUGAGUUUCUGACCAGCUGAGCUGUGAUUGAGUGAAGCGAUACCAUAUCCUAUUUUGCUGGUCAGGAGCGAAGAAUAGAAAACCAUAUUAAGUUGCAAAGCCUCUGCAAUCCAUUGGUUUCAUGAUAUUUCAAUAAAAGAACCAGAGUUAUUUUACCCUGAAACAGCUCAAAAACAAGAAUAUUUAUUACAGCAUUGUAUCAGCCUCUAAAAAAUAGCUAUCUAACUUGAACUAUUUUAAUAAUUUGGUGGAACUCAUGAAGUUGUUCUGGCCAUUUUGUUUAUUGCAUGUGGAUCAUCAUCUUUGCAAAUCAUUACAGAUCCUGAGGUUUCAGCACCCCAUAGCUGUGGGGAGGAUUAACAAACCCACAGAAUUGUGUCAUAAAUUUUUUUACUUCCUGUAUCGUGAACGAGGAACGGGCAGAUAGGCCAAACCGUCUGCCUCAAUUUGAAAUGCAUUCAAAAAGGGAGGCUGCUUUAAACAGGAUCAAGUGUGGAACAUGCAUGCAUUCAAAAAGGGAGGCAGUUUUAAACAGGAUCAAGUGUGGAACAUGCAUGCAUUCAGUAGUUAUGGUGGAUCAUGGGGAGCGAGGAGAGGGUCUUUCACUUUGGAUCCAUUUGAACCAAUAGAAUUCUGGGUACUUAGCAAGGUGCUGCUGUCUGUUAUUUGAGAAGUCAUUGUUUUAAAACUUCCACUCCAUUGAAAUCUGUUUAAUGUGCUGAAGGACAAAGCAGUGCGCUGAGAAUUCUCAGUUUAUUUUUUAAAUAAUGCAAGUUCUAACAGGGAUCAAAAUUAACUGGGAGAGGGAGAUGUCUUCAGAGAACAGGCAGGGCUGCACAAACUUUGUUUCUCUUGUCCUCCCUGUCUCUACAGAUCUAAGAGCACACAGGUUGUAUUGACACAUGCCCACCUCACUGCACUUGUAAUUGUUUUAUAUAAAAAUAAAUUAAUUGCUUAUAAAUUAAUUGCAUGAUUUCUAAUAGAAAGUAAUUAAAAAAAAUGCCCACAGUCUUUCACUGUGUUCAAAUGCUGAAACAGGAAACCGAUGAUAAAAAUAUUGAAGGAAAAAAUAUGUUGCAUUAUGUAAUAUUGUUAAUAAUUAUUAAAAGACUAAAUCAAUAAUGCGUAAUUAUCUUUUGAGCCCGGGGGGGGGGGGGGGGGGGGAUAUUAUUACACCUGCACCAAAAAUGAAUUGUGGGACAUUGGGACUUCUUGUUUUUCUAAAUUGGGUACCAUCUCUUCAAUAAUUGAUCCCUGUGCAAAGAUGAACAGAAGAAACAAGAAGAAAUGCAAAUGUUAUAAAAUUAAUUGAAAGAACUGGGCAAUUUUGUUAUUUGCAUUUUUACAAAGGUGUUUGGGGAAACUUAAACAUUUUGGACUACAGAGAAUGCAAUAAUGUUUUUGUUUUCCAAGACAAAGUUAGAUCAAAGACAUUAUUUCGAGUGACGAUGAAAAGUUUGUAGAUUAUUUUUUUUUUAAAUAUAUGUAUUCAAUAUUUUCUGGUCGUACUCUAUUGCCUAUUGAACUGUGUGUUAGCAGAGUUUUAUACAUGGAUAUUAUUAAUGUGCUUGCAGUGCCACUUUCAUUCUCGACUGAGUUCUUGUGCCUGUUUACUAUAAUGUACAAAUGCUAGUUUCUACUGCUGCUUUCCACGCUCAUCCUUGCUGUGUCUUCACAGAUGUGUGUAUGUAUGUAUGUAUGUAUGUAUGUGUGUGUAUGUAUAUAUAUAUAUAUAUAUAUAUAUAUAUAUAUAUAUAUAUAUAUAUAUAUAUAUUACACAUACACACAGUAUAUGUGCACGCAGAUAUCUGUUUAAAUUCAUUAAAUGAUUGUUGAGUACAACUGCUUUACGCACCUUUAUUUUAUUUUAAAGUUCUGUUAUAGGGCAGGAGAGAAAAAUGUAAAAAAAAAAAAAAAAAAAAAAAAAAAAAACAACUUUUUAAAGCACUUGUGCCGGUGAAAAUUCAGAUAACCUUUCCCCACAGACACAGAUUGACAGUGCCUGCGAAUGGAUUACAGGAGACCUGUCGUCACAAACACCCCCUCCGAACACACACACAACUUGGGGAAUGUCAGUAACAAGUGCGAUGAUCCACAGUCUCUGCUUGUAUAUUUGUGAUGUCAGUCUCCAGCGAUGCAGUUGAGAGAUGUAUUGUCUUGCUUCCUAGUAAAGCAUAGGAUGUGUAAAAAAUGUAUUAGAAUAAAAUAACACACAAAAGGCAUGCAGAAGUAUAUGCUUUCUUUUAAGUGAACAUCUUUCAUUUGCAGGUUAUUUUAGUUUUUUGGUUUAUUUGGUUUGAAGGAAGUGUUUAUUGUGGUACUUGUUAACUAGUUACUAAUAAACCUAAAUAAAGAAAUAUGAGAAAUAUUGUA